ACAUUGAUCAAGAUAAAGAUAUUCAGGAAUCUUUCGAUGAAACUUAUAAUCGAGGUUCUCCUAUUAAAAUUUGUGAUCAAGAUUCAUUUAUUAAAAUCCAUAAUCAAGAUUCACUUAAAACUUUAAAUAUAAAUCGAAUUCAAUAUAUUCAAAAUGAUAUCUCAGCUGUUACAACUUGUCAAACCAUAAAUCAAAGAAUUUUACCUGCUACAAAUGCAAAUCAAGUAACCAAUACUAUACAAGAAAAUACUUGA